AUGCACCUGCGAAGGUGGAAGAGGAUGAGCAGGGGCGGGAAAGAGCCCCGGGGCAGCCAGCAGCAAGGCACGGAGGACGUGAAGGGAGUCGAGACGCUCAAGGUGGUCAGUUACAACGUGCUAGCGGAGUCCCUGGAGGAAAUCACGACUAGCGGCCUUGACUGUCGGAUUGCGUGUUGGAAGCACAGGAGUCGUCUUAUCAAGGACGAGCUGAAGCGGUGGGAUGCAGACAUCGUAUGCCUGCAAGAAGUAGACCACUUCGACGAUUUCUUCAUGAAGGUCUUGGGAAAGUGGGGGUACGAGGGGAGGUUUCUGAAGCGGACGGGGGACAAGCGCGAUGGGUGUGCGAUCUUCUGGAGGCAGAGCAAGUUGCGCCUGAACAGAGUCCACAACCUACAGUUCAACGUCUCUCCUUACUUUGACAGGCAUGCGGAGGCAGUGUGGCGCGGUGUUGUGUGCUCCGACUGA